AUGCCCGUAUCUGUGGCUGGCACCACAGUACUUGCUGAUACCUGCAGAACUACUCAUGAUAAUGCAAAUAUUCAGCAUGAUAAGUAUCUAACUUCAAUAUUUCUUAUUCUUCAUUCGAAUUUAAAAAAUCCUGUAACACCAAAUAAAUUAAGAACGUUUAUAUUCUGUAUUAGAACUUAUGAAAAAUUAUUAAGAGCUUCUACUAAAAAUAACGGAUCAUGGGUUAUUUUCAUAUUCCGUGUGGAACAAAUUAAAAGGGCAGGGGUGGUUGGUGCAAAGUAG